AUGGAGUGCAAAAUAAGGAUACAGUGGAAGGCGGAUCAGGAGGGCCUGGAAUAUGACGUCGCAGCAAACGACGAUGCGAAGACCAAAGCCGUCUUGUCGGCUGGAGUGCUCAAGAUCCAAGGGACAUGGACAUCCAAGCCUAUAGCACGUUUGUCCGUCCUCCAUUUGGCUUCUGAUGGCCAGGGCCCCCAUCUGACGCUGUCAGCCCCGGGGCCGCGCCUCCCCGCCGGAUCUGACCCCACGGAUAAGGCCCAGCGACGGGGCUACAAAAGGCGCUGGCGGCUAGCGGUGAUGGGGAUGGCUGUCUGGCGCAAGCUCCUCCUGAGUCCUGUGCAGCCACCUUCUCCGGCCUAUAGAGCUCCCAUCCCCUUUUUAGCGCUGGCUCCAGCUACCCCGCGAGACGUCAAAUUGGUAUCCUACCUGGACCAUCAUGUUGUGCAGUACAUGUUCAGAAACUGUUUUUUCACUUGGUCGUUGAAAGCGUUGGCGGCUGAGCAUGCGGCCAGUCUGGAGGGCCGAUACGCGCUCAGAGCUAUGGUGGGGCCGAAGGGCGCUGUCGCAGCUACAGCAGCGGCUACAGCCACCGCCCCGGGCAGCCCCACUCGGCGAAAGGUGCGGGAGGAGGCGGCGGCGGUGGGGCGGCAGGGCUCCGGCGGCGGAAUGGAGCUGGUGCUGGCGCCUGUGCUCGUUAACAAGGGUACCGCCGAGGAGGGCCCUCCGGGUUCCCAGAACGGGUCGCCGUUGUUCUGGGGCUACCGCCUGGCCCCGGGGGCGGUGGAGGCGGCGCACCGGGCCAUGGCCGAGUGCCGCCUUGCGGUGGUUGCGAGUCUGGACAACGACGGCCCGUUGGUGCGGUCGUACACCGUACAAGAUCUAGAGGCGGAGCUACGUAAGGCCCGUGUUGACAAGCUGGAGCAAUGCUCCGAUAUGAACCUCCGAGUCGUUCGCAUUCCGAAUCCCGCUCCUGGACUUGAAGCCCUGGUGCUGCUCACUACGGCCCGGGGCGGCAGUAGCAGUAGCAGCAGCAGCCGGGGCAAGGUUUCUCUGCUGGUGAAGGUCAGGAAGCACUGGUCAGCGCUGCGGACGCUGAUAUCCGGGAAGCAGGGAGAGGGGGGGAAAGAAGAAGUAGCAGCUGCGGAGGGGGCGGAGAAGGACGGCGGCGGUGCUGUUGUUGUUAAGAAGCGCAGGGGGAGGCCGACGAAAGCCGCAGCAGCAGCGGCAGCGGCGGCAGCAGCUGCGGCAGCAGCAGCGGCGGCGAAGGAGGCUGGCGGCCCACCGCGGCUUGACUUCCUGCCAUGGUUCCCGAGUGGUCGGGAACCGGAGGCGUUGAUGGCGACUUGGCAUGCGCUUGACCCCGCGGGCGAGGUGCUGUCCGCGGCGGACGUGAGGGCGCGUGUGCGUUGCGGCGGCGGCAGCGGCGGCGGCGGUGGUGGGGUGCCCCGUCGCGGCGGCGGCCGACAGCUGCCGAGGUGCGUGCGGGUGGUUGGUGGUUGGUGGCUCCCGGGGUCCUGGGCGGUGGCUCUUAAGAAGCGGCUGGAUGGCGGGAGGGGAGUCGUGAUGCAGCGGUUGGUCGUUGUGGCAGUUGGAGAGGCUUUCCUGUGGCUCAAGGGCCCCCCAGCCGCUGCUGCCAGGAAAAACGAUGGGGAAUUGCUGCGCGUGUGUACGGCAUUGUCGUACUUGCACAGCAAGUUGUUUUUGCCGGCGCCGUGGAAGCGUAUCAAGCGCGGCGGUCGGUCUCUUAGCACCGAGGGCUGUCCAGAGGAGUAUGUUGCGCGGGUUUCGGAGCCUGGACCCGGGCUUGCCGAGGAGCUGAUGGGACCCAUUCCUAACGUGGCCGCACUUUUGGAGGUGAGCUCCCCUCGGCUGGUGGUGGUGGUGGUGGUGGUGGAGGUGGCGGACCCCUCGCUUAAGAUGCCGCCGCCGCCGCCACCUGAAGUCACCGCUCCGGCGGAUGGAGCUGACGGGGCCACGGCCAAAGGAAAGGGUCGUACAGUGAAGGCUGUUAAAGCUACUCGAGCAGCGGAGCCGCCGCUGCUGGCGCUGCCGGCGCCUCCUUCAGCCGCGGCCGCCGCCGCCCUUACGCCACAGGCGAUCAGCGAGAUGAGCCGACGGCUGGCACCCGCCGUACAGAAGCCUUACAUCAUGUCUGUCUGCGCCGCCAAGCUGCUUGUUGAGGAGUUGCUGCCGCCGCUCCGCACCCUGACGUCCUUCAUGUUGCCUCAUCUGGCAACGUCUGCGGUGACUCUGCUGCCGGGCAUGAGCGGAGGCCUGGCCACGGAAAUGCAGUCCGUGGUAUCCGCAAUCUACGUGCAGCUGGGCGCGAUGGAGGAGUUUAUGGCGGAGUGCGCGACUGCGGCGGCGAAUGGCGCCGCCUCCGCCGCCGCCUCCGCCUCCGCCGCGUCCAAUGGGGCUGGUGAGGGUGCCACCUCCAACGGCGCCAACAACUCCGACAGCAGCGGCGGCGGGACGACGACGUCUUUGGAGCGCCGCUUCCAGACGGUGCAGUCGCAGAGUCGGCAGUUGGCGGCAACUGCCAAAGUCACCGUUAGCAGGUACGGCAUUCACAUGGUGAAGUCGGCGGCCGCCGCAAACGCAGCGAAUGGUGCGCAGAAGCUGCCGCCGCCGCCGCCGUCGGAGCUGCAGAAUGGAGCUCCCAAAGCUGUUUCGGCUGGGAAGGGGGCAGGGGGUGCCAGCGGCGGCGGGGCUCUGCCGCUGUCUGCUACUGCCGCUGGCACUGCUGCUGCUACUGCUAAAGAAAAGAAGGGCGCGGUGGCCGCGAAGGCCAGUAAGGGCGCUCGCGGUGUUGAUGUCGGCCCUGCAGCCGCCAACAAGGCGGCUACAGCCAGCGGUGCUGCUGCGCUGGAUAGAGCCGCGAGCGACGCAGCAGCUGCUGCUGCGGCGGCGGCGAUGGCGGCAGUAGUCCCUACUGCUGAAAGUACGGAUAGCCGCUCUGCGAAGAACGCCGAGUCAGAUGAUGAGCAGUCCGGUGGUAGCUCCUCCCGGGGUGAGGGUGAGGGUAAUAGUGAGGGUGAGGGUGAGGCAGGAAGUGGGAGUGGAGGCGACGGAGCCGUCGGAGCUGACGACGGUCGAGAGGGCAGUGGCGACGGCGGCGGCGGCGGCGCCGACACGGCGGCGGAGGGCUCGACUUCGGACUCCGAGGCGGAGCGGGAGGCGCGGAUGGCCGCAGCCGUGGAUGCGCUGGAGGCGCGGCCCCUAGACCCCUCUGCGUUUCAGCCCGAGGCGGAGGUGGAGGCGGCGGCGGCAGCUGCAGCGGAGGAUGCGGAGGGAGGUGAGGCGGGCGCUGACGCAGCUGGAGAAGAUGCCGCCAUGGUUGGUGGCGAAGCUGACGGCGACGGCGGUGACAGCGAUGUAACACAGCCGCCGUCACCGAAUGCGUCAACGUCCACAUCCGAAUCUGCUUCGCCACCGCCGAAGGGGCGGCAGCGCAAAGAGCGCGGCAGCGGAGGUGCUGAUGCAUUGCCGGCUUGCGGUGCUGGUGCUGGUCCUGGUGGUGUUGUUGAUCGAAUAGACGAAGCCGACGGACGCCGUGGCGGCGGCGGUGGCGGUCUUAACGACCCUCCUGCCCCCGCAGCCGAUAUUAGCGGAAGGUUUGCAAAUGCCAGUGGCGACAGCACCACAAGCAAUAGCAGUAGCGCAGAUGCUGACGAAGCCGCUAGCGGCAGCGAAGGCGGCAAUAGCCCCCGUCGCGACGGCGGCAGCGGAGGAGGCCCCUUAAUAGGCGCGAGCGGGCGCGGCGAUGCGACUGACGGCGGGAGUGGCAGUGCUGACGGCGGCGAUGAGGAUCAACCUGACGGCGCCGACGGCAAUGACGGCGCCGACAAGGCCAGUGAACCAGCUGGCCAGAGCUUGCUACUGCCGUCGUCAACUGCUAACGGCGGAGUGGGUGCGGCAGAUGCUGUCGGCGCUGCCGCCGCCUUCAUCUUCGCGACGACCGACGGAACCGCGCUCAUCUCCUCGGGUACGGCAGCAGAUUCAGCCUCCCUCCUCAUUGGCAUGGGCCGCCGGAGCGGCACACGACGCGGCGGUACUGUGCCGCGGGGCGGGUUGGCGCAGGAGGCGACUCGCGGCGACGCCGUGGCUUCCCCCGACGGAGCGGAGGGUGGGGACGCGGGCGCUGUCAUGCGUUCUGCGGGGAUCGGCCCCGCUGCCGCAUCUGGCGGCAGCGGCGGCGGCGCCGUUGCCGGCGGGCGAGACGGUGGGUGUGGAGAGGAUGGUUUCCGCGUGUCUGCCCCCAACGCCGACCCGGGGGUCGGUGUAGUACGGGCGCCUGGAGACCUGAAAGGAGGUGGAGAUAAAGAGGAGGAAAAGGAGCUCACCGGCGCCGCCGGUGCUGCCGCCGGCAAGCGUGACCGCCGUCAGGGCGCCCUAUCCUCUCAGCCGGAGACGACCUCCGGGUUGCCCCCCGGGCCAUCCCGGGGCCGUAAGCGCAAAGUCAUGCCGCAGACGGCCGCUAUCGAAGGCCCUCCUUCCAAGGCUGUAAAACCAGGCGGCGCCCCCACCGCCGCCGUCACGGAUGGCGCUGCCGACGCCGUGGCUGCUGUCGCUUCGAAGGGUGCUACAGCCGGCGGAGCGUCUGCUGCUGGGGAUGGCGAUGCGAUGGUCACGGGCGCUGAUAGGGCUGUAGCACCUGCCGUGGAUACUGCCGCUGCCCGGGGUCGUGACGCUGAUCAGGAGGCGGAUGCGGACCACGUCGCGGAGCAGCAGCAGCAGCAGCAGCAGCCAGAGGGGGAUCCUGUCCUUCGCGGGAAGCGGCGUCGCGGCGCACGGGAUGCGCCUGCGUCGCAGGAGGAGGCGGUGGUGGCGGUGGCGGUGGCGGCAACUUCUCCAACGGGCCCCGCGCUGGACACUGCGGCCGCUACCGAUCCCGUCGACGCCGCCGGUACACAGCAACUUGCUGACGGCGGCGCCACAGUGCGUUCGCAACCUUCGCCUUUCAUCCCGGCCAAUAAGCGCAUCAGGGUGGUGGCGCUGCAAUCCCCCCUGGACUCCCCCACCCGGCGCAGCAGCAGGGCACGGAAGCAGCUCGCGGACGAGUACGAGGUGCCGUCGCCGUCGGCGAGCCCGGGAGCUACGGCCGCCGCCACCGCCGUAGCCGCUGCCACCGCCAAUAAUAAAGACGGCGGCUGCAGCGACAACAACAAUCGCGAUGGUGACGACCUGACGGCCCCCGGUACGCAAGCACAGGCGCCCGUGAACGACGCCCAGAUUCUGCUGCAAAGCCGUCGUGGCGGUUCCGGAGCUGGGUUGACCAAGCGGCUCGUGGCGGCGGCGGCGGCGAGGAAGGGCCGGGGCAAGUCGGAGCUAGGGUCCGUGUCGGGGCUGAUGGACGGCUUGCCGGGGGGCGGGUCGCAGGACCAGACACAGAACACAGAAGCAGCAGCUGGUGAAGUAGCAGCGGCACCACCACCGGGGGUGAAGGAGGAGGUGAUGGUGGCGGCAGAGGAGGGAAGGGGGCCGAAGGUGAAUGAAGUUGACGGAGGCUAA